GGGACCGUGAUGCUGCCACGCGACGCCUGUUAUGAUCACACGCCUCCACAUGAGAAGUUUUAUUUACAUUUUUUACAGCUUCGCAGCGCGUGUUUCGAUCGGCGAUGGUGUUCGAGAGUGUUUUCCAGUGCUGAGCUCGAGGCGGAAGUGACGGAGCUCAUAAUGCAGGAUGAAUGAUUACUCUCUUCAGCAGGAGAACGAGCUCGAGGCGCUGUCAUCGAUAUUCGGAGAGGAUUUCAGAGACAACCGAGCAGAAGAUCCAUGGAAGGUCAGGCGUCCUCCUGAGGUUUACCUGUUCCUGCGGCCGAAGGGACUCGGUUACGGACAGACGAGUUUCGUCUCGGUGGACCUGCAGGUCAAAUGUCCUCCGACGUACCCUGAUGUGCCUCCAGAGCUGGAGCUGAAGAACGCUAAAGGACUGUCCAACGACAAACUAGAGAAACUCCACACGGAGCUCAACAAACUGGCCAAAGACCGAUGUGGAGAGGUGAUGAUCUUUGAGCUGGCGGACUGUGUUCAGUGCUUUCUGACGGAGCACAACGUUCCUCCCUCCAGCUCCUUCCACGAGGAGAUGCUGAAGAACCAGCGGCGGCAGCAGGAGCGUCUGGCCCUGGAGGAGCAGCAGAAGAUCGAUCAGCGCCGCAGACAGGAAGAGCAGACCCAAAACGAGAUCCUCGCGGAGAUUCAGAGGAGAGAGGAGGAGAGACGAGAGGAGAAGAGGAAGAAGGAGAUGGCCAAACUGGAGCGUCUGGAGAGCGUCGUCUCUGUCCAGCCGGCUUUAGAAAGACAAGCUUCAUCCUCGGGGUCUCCUGUGGAUCCGUCUGAAGUGAAGAAAGCGCUCACGAACAGACGGAGAACCACGUCCAGCAGCAGACACCGACGAGACACAUACAAUGAGGACAGUGCACGUCAGCAGGAAGUGCUUCACUUCAGUAACAGUCUCCUCGGAGAGGUCAUCGUUCACAGAGGGAAGUGUAUAGGUGAGAGCGAGCGACUGGGCCGCAGUGUGUAUUACGCCUUCAACUCCACCUCUGGAGAUUUCUCCGUCGUGUACGAGUGGAUCCUUCGCUGGAACAAGACCAUCGGGAAGUUCUUCACCAGCCAGGAGAAGGAGAAGAUAGAGAAAUGCAAAAAACAGAUCCAGGGCGUGGAGAGCGAGCUGAACUCUCUGUUGAAGCUGAAGCACCCGAAUCUGGUGCACUAUCAGGCCCUGAUCUGCAGCGAGCGCGACGACUGUCUGGUGGUGGAUCUGCUGGCCGAACACGUCCCCGGCUCCAGUCUGGCUCAGAGUCUGUCCGGCGGCGCGCCGGUGCCCGUGGAUCAGCUGCGGCGUCACGCCGUCCAGCUGGUGUCCGCGCUCGACUAUCUGCACGGCAACUCUGUGGUGCACAAGCAGCUGGGCCCGUCCUGCGUGCUGCUGGACGCUCAGGGCGACGUCAGGCUCGCCGACUACAGUCUGGCCAAACGCCUGGCUGACGUGUGUAAAGAGGACAUCUUCGAGCAGGGUCACGUGCGCUUCAGCGAGGACACGCUGCCCACCCGCUCCGGGAAGAAGGGAGACGUCUGGAGUCUAGGGCUGCUGCUGCUGGCGCUCGCUCAGGGCCGGGAGGUGAAGGAGUAUCCUGUGACGGUGCCGGCGACGCUGCCCGCAGACCUGCACGACUUCCUCAACAGGUGUGUGUGUCUUAAUGACGCUGACCGCUGGCACACUCACCAGCUCCUGGAUCAUCCGUUCCUGCGUCCUCCGUCUCCCAAGACUGUGGCGGUGUGUCCGGAGUCCAGUCCAGAGGACACGGGCGUUGAUUUUGCCUCCACGGUUGUCCCGCGCAGUCACCUCCUCAGCGCCCCCUUCAGUACGGAGGUGCAGAAGCAGUUCUCGCGCUACUACAACGAGUUCUCAGAGCUGCAGCUGCUGGGGAAGGGGGCGUUCGGGGCUGUUAUUAAGGUCCAGAAUAAGCUGGAUGGUUGUUAUUACGCGGUCAAGCGGAUCCAGGUGAAUCCGGCCAGUAAGCAGUUCCGGCGGAUCAAAGGUGAGGUCACGCUGCUGUCGCGCCUCAACCACGAGAACAUUGUGCGUUACUACAACGCCUGGAUCGAGCGUCACGAGACGCCUUCGACCGGAGCGUUGACCAGCGACAGCUCCGAGGCGUUGAGCAGCCCAGAGAGAUACUCGCGGCCCGCGGCUCCGUCACGCCGCAACGAACUGGGUCUGAUGGACAACAUCGAGGAGGACGCGCCGCCGCCCGCCCUCGCCAGCUCAGUGGAGUGGAGCACCUCGCUGGAGAGAUCCACCAGCGCCAAGUGCAGCGCCGCCGACUCCGCGGACGACGAGGAGGACGACGAUGAAGAGGAGGAUGUGUUCUGCCUGUCCUUCCUCCCUCCUGACAGCGACUCGGAGAGCGACAUCAUCUUCGACAACGCUGAUGUCAGCAGGGACAGCUUCCUACAGGAGGAGCCCAGCAGUAGGAAGGCAGCGGAUCCCAUAGACAGCUCAGACUCGGAGAAGCCGCUCCUGAUAGCGCAUUACCUGUACAUACAGAUGGAAUACUGUGAGAAAAGCACUUUAAGAGACACGAUCGAUCAGGGCUUGUAUCAGGACGUCAGUCGCCUCUGGAGGCUCUUCCGGGAGAUCCUGGACGGUCUGUCCUACAUCCAUGAACAGGGAAUGAUCCACAGAGACCUGAAGCCUGUCAACAUCUUCCUGGACUCUCAGGAUCAUGUGAAGAUCGGAGACUUCGGCCUGGCAACGGAUCACCCAGCGAAUGUGGCUGCGGGUAAACUGGAGGUGGAGGAAAGCAACUCAGGGUUUGUUCCCAAACCAGAUCCAACAGAUAACAUGACCGGUAUGGUCGGCACGGCUCUUUACGUCGGUCCAGAGGUUCAGGGAAACACUAAAGCCACGUACAACCAGAAAGUGGAUCUGUUCAGUCUGGGCAUCAUCUUGUUCGAGAUGUCCUACCGACCCAUGACCACCGCGUCAGAACGCAUAUUUGUGCUCAGUCAACUCAGGAAAGAGCCGAUUAAUUUCCCUGAAGACUUUAAUGAGAAUGAGAGUGGAAUGCAGAUGAAGGUGAUCAGCUGGCUGUUGAAUCACGAUCCGGCGCUGCGCCCGACGGCGGUGGAGCUGCUGAAGAGCGAUCUUCUUCCUCCGCCGCAGAUGGAGGAGUCGGAGCUCCACGAGGUGCUGCAGCACACCAUGGCUAACAUCAGCGGGAAAGCCUACCGCACCAUGGUCAACCAGCUCUUCUCACAGAACAUCUCGCCCGUCAUGGACUUCACCUACGACAUCGACAUCCACAAGGGCAGUUUUCACUUCACCACAGCUAAACUCCAGCAGUACGUGUACGAGACGGUCACCAGGAUCUUCAGACGACACGGUGCGGUUCGACUCCAGACGCCGCUGCUCUUGCCCAGGAACAGACGUCUGUAUGAAGGAUGUGAGACGGCGUGUUUCAUGGAUCACAGCGGCAUGCUGGUGUCUCUGCCGUACGAUCUGAGACUGGCGUUUGCCAGAUUUGUGGCCAGAAACAACAUUUCACAUCUUAAAAGGUACAGCAUCGAGCGCGUUUACAGGCCGAGGAAGCUGGAUCGGGCUCAUCCCAGAGAACUUCUGGAGUGUGCGUUUGACAUCGUCAUUCCCAUCAGCAACAGUCUGAUGCCGGAGGCCGAGGCCAUUUACACCGUCUCUGAGGUCAUACAGGAGUUCAGCGCGCUACAGGACAGGAACUACACCGUCCACCUGAACCACACGAGUCUGCUGAAGGCCGUUCUGCUUCACAGUGGAGUUCCUGAAGAUAAACUCACUCAGGCCUCCAACAUACUGUGUGACUCCAUGAGUGAAAAACUGACUAAGCGCGAAGUGGAAGCCAAAUUCUGUAACCUUUCCUUGUCCAACAACAGCUUACAGACGCUGUACAAGUUCAUCGAGCAGAAGGGCGGUUUGCAGGAGCUGCUUCCUCUCAUUAACUCGCUCACCAAACAGAAGAGUUCAGCCGUCGCUCAGAUGGCCAAACAAGGCCUGAAGGAUCUAGAAGAGGUCAUCAGCCUCCUCAAGAAGCUGGCUGUUAAACUACAGGUGGUGGUGAAUCUCGGUUUGGUCUAUAAGAUCCAGCAUCACUGUGGCGUCAUUUUCCAGUUUGUGGCGUUCAUCAGGAAACGGAAACGCACCGUCCCUGACAUCUUAGCAGCGGGUGGACGCUACGAUCAUCUGAUCAUGGAGUUUCAUGGUCCGACGGGGCCCAGUCCGGUGCCGUCAGCAGUCGGCGCCAGCAUCGCUCUGGAUAAGAUCUGCUCUGCUGUGGCAAAUAUGGAAGAACCUCCUCCUGUGAGCUCCUGUGACGUUCUGGUGGUUCCUGUGGGUCAGUCCUCCAUGAGCAGAGCCAUUAAAGUCAUUCAGAAACUCUGGGCGGCCGGAGUCUCAUCAGACAUCGUCUAUGACGUGUCGCAGUCACAGGAAGCUCUUCUGGAACAUUGCAGACAAGCUGGAAUCACAUUCAUGGUCCUCGUGUCCGAUAAAGAAGGAAAUUACCUGAAGGUGAAGUCUUUCGAGAAAGACCGUCAGUCGGAGAAGAGGAUUCCCGAGUCGGACCUGGUUGAUCACUUCAUUCAAAAGAGCCGGACCAAACUCUCCGAUGAGAGAAACAGAGAGAUUUCUGAGAGCGCUUCUCUCCAGAAUCCAAAGGGAUCAUCGCAGGGAAACUCAGGUCUGUCUGAGUCCCACGGGAGCAACGCCGGCAUGUCCAUGAACGUGAACCUCGUGACGCCUGAGAAAAUCUCCGGCAGCUCCCGCCGGAGAUACGAGACGCAGAUUCAGACGCGACUGCAGAAUCUGAGCAGCCAUUUACAGAACAAGAGCAGCGACAUCGAAGUGUUGGCUGUCGAUCUGCCCAAGGAAACACUCAUCAACUUCCUGUCCCUCGAGUUUGACGGUGAGGAGCAGUUCAACAUCAGCGUGAAGACGCUUCUCUCUCGACUGCCCAAACAGCGCUACCUCAAAUGCAUCUGUGAACAGAUUCACCACUUCAAAAUCUACAAAAGGGUCGCUGUGGUCGUUCUUUACAGCUACAGAGACGAUUAUUACAAGAUCCUCCUCUGAUCUCUGCUUUCACUGCCCCGUAGAAACGAAACGAACGGUUAUGACGUCUGCAGUCAGACGAACGUGUUUUUGUACGGCGGAUUCGAUGCCAAAGGCUGAUUGAAGGGUCCAGUAAUCAAUCAUGUUAUUGACGAUUCCUGUGAUGAAAUCACACACAAAAUACUGUACAGUCCAGAACUGAAAAAAAAUAAAAUAUUUUCCCAUA